AUGGUGUUGUAUCAUUACAGGAGGUUUGCCGGUGGCAUCACGAGAACGCAGCUUGAGACGUUCAAGUUUGGGUUCUGUCUUUUAUCACCAAUCGCCCUCAUGUACUGGGUAGGUAUUGACUCUGAUAAGAAGUUCAACUUGCCUGGGUUUUGGCCAGAUCCACUGACGCUUAACCAGAUUCCUAAGGAACCUCAUGAGAUCCAGGCAGAGGUGGCUAGGAUUAGAAAAGCCAGGGCUGAGAAGCGUGAGCGCUUAGAGGCUAAAGCCAGAGAGUUGGGGAUCACGGAAGAUGAAAAUUAG